UAACAACCGACUGCCCCUCAGACAGCAGCCGAGUCCGGGUCCGGGGUCUCACCCCGGCGAGACCAGCAGCGCCCAGCUGCGGAGGGAGUGACGGCCAAGGUCGGGGGUGGGGGGAGGGCGUGGGAGGAAGAGGAAGGAGGUGUGGAAUCUCACCUCCCCCGCCCCCACCCCUCCGACUGCAGUAAUUGGCCAAAAAAAUAAGCCGUUUUUAGACUUCCCCAGGGCCCCCUGAACCUGGUUGCAGUGAGGAACCCAGUCUCUCCCAUUCCGGUGCCCCUCGCCUUCUCCCGGCCCCGGCGCGUUGGUGGGAGGCCUCGCGGAGGGCGCGCCGGGAGGAAGGAAAGCAGGAGAAAGGAAGCUUGAAGGCAAGAUGGAGAACGCUAGUGGCUCUGCUACUGCUGUGGCGAGCAGGGACUUGGGAUCCCAGAGGGGCCGGAGCCUGGUGCCUGAGCGGCUUCAGAGUCGAGAACAUGAGCGGCAACUGGAGGUGGAAAGGCGGAAGCAAAAGCGGCAGAACGAGGAGGUGGAGGAGGAGAAGAGCGACUUUUUCGCCGCCGCCUUCUCUCGGGAGCGAUUGGCCGUGGAAGAGCUUCUGGAAGGCGGGGAGUCCGUCGAGCAGCUGGAGGAGGCGGCCGCUCGGCUGCAGGGGCUGCAGAAACUAGUCAACGACUCGGUUUUGUUCCUGGCCGCCUACGACUUGCGGCAGGGGCAAGAGGUGUUGGCGCGGCUGCAGGAGGCCCUGGCCAAACGUCGCCAGGAGCUGCAGCCUAAGAAGCGUUUCGCUUUCAAGACCCGCAGGAAGGAUGCUGCUUCAGCCACCAAAGUAGAUUCGGCUCCCGGCGCCCCGGCAGCGGAAGGCAUCCUGGCCUCCCCGCCGCCCUUGAAGGAGGAGGAAGGCUUCGACUCCAGCUGGAUCUGCGGCUUCUCCAAUCUGCAGUCCCAAGUCGUGGAGAAGAGAGCCGAGGAGCUGCACCAGCGGGACGUCCUUUUGACCCAACUGAUUAACUGCACGAUCAAACUGUAUGGCAAUCCCAACACCCUGCGGCUGACCAAGGCUCGAGGCUGCACGCUGCUCUGCGGCCCGGUGUCCACCUCCGUGUUCCUGGAGAACUGCAAUGACUGCGUGCUGGCCGUGGCCUGCCAGCAGCUCCGCGUACACACCACGAAAGACACCCGCAUCUUCCUGCAGGUGACCAGCAGGGCCAUCGUGGAGGACUGCACCGGGAUACAGUUCGCCCCGUACACCUGGAGCUACCCGGGGAUCGACAAGGACUUCGAGGGCUCUGGUUUAGACAGGAGCAAAAAUAACUGGAGCGACGUUGACGAUUUCAACUGGCUGGCCCGUGAUGUAGCCUCCCCAAACUGGAGUAUUCUUCCUGAAGAAGAGCGAAGGAUCCAGUGAGACUAAGCAAUUGUCACUCUUUUCUUCACUCCUACCAAAUACACUCCCUUGUGGGACUGACUCCAGCUAAUGGGACCCCAAAAUUUCUUGUCACGCUGUCUGUUUUCAUUAUUUUAAGGCUUUAGAUUGUGAUAGGCUCCUACUUUCGAUUUCCAUUAAAUUUGUGGCAGGUCUAGCACUUUAAAGAAUUUUUGCUAUUUUGGUGAUGUUUCGGAGCUUUUGUUUGACGGUGAUAAUUUGAAGCCAUAAGGGGAAGAGAGUGUGGUUUUUAAUGCUUUGUGGUGUUUAAAACUUAUUGCAGAAUAAAAUAAGCCUUCAAUAAAUAUUUGUUUAAUAAACGAAUUCAGUAGGGCUAGUAGGAGCCAGUUAAUGUUGAAGUAAGGUAUCAAAACGUGUUCAAACUGCCAUUAACCAAGAGCUUUUUUGAAUUGCAGGUUUGACUUCCAUACGUAUUUUUCAGUGGGGCGAUGGAAAUAUUCCUCUCUGGUCUUCAGUUACAUGUUAGCUUGGGUUUUUGGCAUCCAGCUAGUCUUCGACUUAUUUGGAUCCAAACUUUUGGCACGGACCCCAAGAGCCUCAUGAGUCUUAAUCACCUGUAAAGCCAAAAUAGUUAUAGCUGCCAAUUUUUGUGCACUUAAAAUGUUAUCGACACCAUUGUAAACACCUUGCUCAUGUAAACUUAUUAUAAGUCCUCAAAAUAUUAUGAGGGUAGUUUCUGUUAACUCCAUUUUUCAAGUGAGGAAACAGAUAAGUUGCCCAAAGGGCACACAGCCCAAGUGGCGGACUGGGAUUUGAAAUCGUGUAGUCUGGCUCCAGAGCCCACGUUCUUAACCUCUACUAGAUAUUGAUUUUUGAAUAGUGUUAAUUGAGUUGGAAAGAAAGCUUCCAAAAGUAAAGAGGGAAAAUUGCUUUUCUUAAAUUCUCAGGCAUAAUGGCGCUCCAUAUCUAUCAUACAAAAAGAAUUGAGGCGAACAUCUGGCUGAGUCUUGAUUUUUCCACCCAUUUUGCUGUUAUUCGCUACUGUUACAAAUUUGGCUUUCUGCUCUAUAUACUACCACUCAUUAUUCUUAAAUGGAAAGUUGUAAGAUUUUCAAAAAGCUUUUCUGGGCCUAGUGGCCUUGUAACUAUGGAUGUGCUUUUUAUUUAAUAAUUACCACAAGUAUUAAGGUGCUUAAAUAUCUCAAGUAUUUAUGUAUUUAAUAUUAUAUGUUCUCUUUUGUUCUGAAAAAGGAUUUAAAGUGGCUUCUAGGAUAUGUGAAAUGUAACAAGAUAAUAAAAACAAAUGACAAGGAGGAACAAGGGUAGAAUGACGGAUUGGAAGCAGAAAUGAAGCCAAUAAAAAAAAUGUAAGCUGCAAAGCCCUAUUCCUUAGCUGGACGUGAAUCCUGAUGCUUUUCCCCUCAACUAUUAGCUAACUUGAAAAGGGAUCCUAAUCAAUUUCACAGUUCGCAGCAUCCACAAACAAGAGGGAAAAUCGUUUACUUGGGAGAGUUAAUCCUUAUGAUAAAAAGAAACAUAUAAUGAAAUUUUCAACCAUAUCUUUACAUUAGAAACUGACCGGUAUCCUAAAGCUGUGCCCCUAGAGGCUGAUAGUUUAACACAAGUGCACUUAAGAAUAAACCAUGCUUGAUUUUUUUUUUGGUUGCCCCACCUGGCUUGCAGGAUCUUAGUUCCCGACCAGGGAUCCAACCUGGGACCCUUGAAUUGGAAGCGCAGAGUCCUAACCACUGGACCGCCAGGGAAUUCCCAACCUUUUUCUACUAAAGCUCAUAAUUUUACACCUGUAACUCUGCUGACCACCCGACCAGUUGUAGGCCAUCCAACUAGCUCCCCCUGACUGACGUCCCUCAAUAUUUGAAAACAUUUCCAUCUUUGCUGGUCUUCUUCCUUACUAGAGGCAUAUCUCUUCUUGCCCAGAGAUUCCUCUUACGCUCGUGCCCAUCCCCUCCAACCUCCUGUGGCCUCCCUUUCCACUGGCCUUUGUUCUUUUAAGACACCAGAUCCUGAGGUCCUCCACCCUACAUGUCACUGAAUGAUUUUCCAGCUCCUUCCCUGUGUGUCAGACAUCUUAAAAGAAUAGCUGUGUCCACAUACACCUACAUUUUUCACUCUUUCAGUCUUUGUAAUUUUAACUCUUCUCUGCUGAAACUGCUCUUUGAUGGUAUUAGUGGCCUAAUCGCCAAAUCUACCGGCUCCCUCCCCUCGCCCUCCUCAGCUCUUUUACUCUUGGUACAGUUUACCCUUUUUUGUUUGUUUCUUUGUUUUAGGUACAGUUUACUCAUCCUUGAAGUUCUCUCUUUCCUUGGCCAUAACCUUUCUCUAACCUGUUUCUCUUAUGUCAGCUUCCUUCCUUUCAUUGGGAUUCUGAUGAUUUGUAGCCCUUAAAUAUGAGUGAUGCCCAAAGUUUUGCCAUUAGCUUAUUUGUAUUCAUUCUCUCAGAGCCUCAGCUCUCAACCUAUAUGCAUAGUCUUGUGUCUGUCCCUAGCCUCCACCCUUAUUGGGCUCACCUGCCUUUCAAAUUCCAUA